GAGAGAGAGAGAGAGAGAGAGUGUGUUCACUUUUCCACCAGUGAGGGACACACACUGAAGAGGGUGCAAAAAAAUAUCCAAAUUAAUUUGACAGCGUGGCUUUUAUGUCUCCACAAGUAUCUCCGAAAUGUCCACCAAGGCAGAGCAGUUUGCUUCUAAGAUACGAUACUUGCAAGAGUAUCACAACCGUGUGCAACACAAUAUUUAUCCUGUGCCCUCUGGAACUGACAUUGCAAACACACUGAAAUACUUUUCUCAAACCCUGCUCAGCAUUCUGUCCCGCACAGGCAGGAAGGAGAACCAGGAAGCUUCCAAAUUGGCCGUGCCCAUGACCAUGUGUCUUUUUCCUGUGCCAUUCCCACUCACCCCAUCUCUAAGACCACAAGUCAGUUCCAUCAACCCUACAGUUACUCGCUCCCUCCUUUACAGCGUUCUGCGCGAUGCCCCGUCAGACCGCGGGGGGCAGGGGCAGCAGAGUCGGGACGCUCAGCUCUCAGAGUACCCCUCUCUGGACUAUCAGGGCCUCUAUGUGACCCUCGUGACCCUGCUUGACCUGGUGCCCCUGCUGCAGCACGGUCAGCAUGAUCUGGGCCAGUCCAUAUUUUACACAACAACUUGCCUUCUGCCCUUUCUCAGUGAUGAUAUUCUCAGCACUUUGCCCUAUACUAUGAUCUCCACUUUAGCCACAUUUCCCCCUUUCCUCCACAAAGACAUCAUUGAGUACCUCAGCACCUCUUUCCUUCCCAUGGCCAUAUUGGGAUCCACGCGGAGGGAGGGGGGAGUCCCAGCGUAUGUUAAUCUGUCUGCUUCCUCUAUGCUAAUGAUAGCAAUGCAGUACACUACAAAUCCAGUUUAUCACUGUCAGUUGCUGGAGUGUCUAAUGAAGCACAAACAGGAAGUGUGGAAGGACCUUCUUUACGUCAUAUCUUAUGGCCCAUCACAAGUCAAGCCUCCAGCAGUGCAGAUGCUCUUUCAUUACUGGCCCAACCUGAAACCACCGGGAGCCAUCAGUGAAUACCGAGGGCUGCAGUACACCGCCUGGAACCCCAUUCACUGUCAACAUAUUGAGUGCCACAAUGCCAUCAAUAAACCUGCUGUCAAGAUGUGUAUAGAUCCCACGCUUUCUGUUGCCCUGGGAGACAAGCCGCCUCCUCUUUACAUAUGUGAGGAGUGCAGUCAGCGUAUAGCCGGAGACCACGCUGAAUGGCUUGUUGAUGUUCUUCUGCCCCAAGCUGAAAUAUCUGCCAUUUGUCAAAAGAAGAACUGUAGCUCUCACGUCAGGAGGGCUGUGGUCACCUGCUUCUCGGCCGGUUGCUGUGGGCGUCAUGGUAACCGUCCUGUCCGCUAUUGCAAGCGUUGCCAUGUCAACCACCACAGUAGCGAGGUGGGGGCUGCGGCGGAGACUCAUCUGUACCAGACUUCCCCUCCUCCGAUCAACACUCGGGAGUGUGGGGCAGAGGAGCUAGUUUGCACCGUGGAAGCUGUUAUAAGCUUGCUGAAAGAGGCUGAAAUCCAUGCAGAGCAACGCGAGUUUGAGCUGAACAGGCGACGGCAGAUGGGCAUGUCUUCCUCGCACCACUCUCUGGACAACAUUGAGUUUGAUAACAAGGAGGACGACCAGCACGACCAGCGACUCCUCAGUCAAUUUGGCAUCUGGUUCCUGGUGAGCCUGUGUACCCCCAAUGAGAACACACCCACUGAGAGUCUGGCCCGGCUGGUCAGUAUGGUCUUCCAGUGGUUUCACUCUACCGCCUACAUGAUGGACGACGAGGUGGGAAGCCUGGUAGAGAAACUAAAGCCACAGUUUGUCACCAAGUGGCUAAAGACGGUGUGUGAUGUGCGAUUUGACGUCAUGGUCAUGUGUCUCCUGCCCAAACCCGUCGAGUUUGCCAGGGUUGGAGGUUAUUGGGACAAGUCCUGUAGCACAGUGACCCAACUGAAGGAGGGUCUAAACCGCAUCCUGUGCCUGAUUCCUUACAAUGUCAUCAGCCAACCACUUUGGGAAUGUUUCAUGCCUGAGUGGCUGGAGGCCAUCCGCACAGAGGUGCCCGACCAGCAGCUCAAAGAGUUCCGGGAAGUCCUAAGCAAGAUGUUUGACAUUGAGCUCUGCCCCCUUCCCUUCUCCAUGGAAGAAAUGUUUGGCUUCAUCAGCUGCAGAUUUUCCGGCUAUCCGGCGUCCGUGCAAGAGCAGGCUCUGCUGUGGUUGCAUGUGCUGUCAGAGCUGGAUAUCGUGGUGCCUCUGCAGUUGCUAAUUGGGAUGUUCUCAGAUGGCGUGAAUUCUUUGAAGGAGCUGGCCAAUCAGAGGAAGGCACGUUUCUCCGAUCUGACUAGCAACACUGGAGCUCGCAGGGUGAGUGUGGUGUCAGAUCCGGGGCGCCGCGGGCAACACAACACCCUCAGCCCGUUCCCAAGUCCUUUCAGGAGCCCGUUCCGCAGUCCGCUACGCUGUAGUCCGUUUAAAAACCUGGGCCACGCCACUGGCCAUUGUGCCUUGGAUUUAGAUUGUGACGACGACGACAUGAACUUGGGCUGUUUCAUCCUCAUGUUUGACCUCAUACUAAAACAGAUGGAGCUGCAAGAUGACGGUGUGAUGCUCGGUUUAGACACCAGCCUGGGGAAAGAUAUUGUAGGGAUCAUCAACAAUGUCUUCCAAGCCCCGUGGGGGGGCUCGCACACCUGCCAGAAGGAUGAGAAGGCCCUGGAGUGCAGCCUUUGCCAAUCCAGCAUCCUCUGUUACCAGCUGGGCUGCGAGCUUUUGGAAAGGCUGACCCCCCGGGAAGAGAUACGCCUGGUGGAACCGACAGAUAGUUUAGAGGAAACAUUAUUGCUUCCUCAGCCAGAUUUCUCCCUUGGAGCGGAGAACGGAAGUGAGGAAGAAGACAACCCAAGCGCGGCACACACUGACAACCCCAACAACCACUCUCCUGAUACUGCACCUCUGAAGAACAACUCAGAUAAGAGGUUCUCCUACCAGCAACUUCCUGUGUCUUUGAAACUUAUAUACACCAUCCUGCAGGAAAUGUUCAAGUUUGAAGAGCCUGACAUCUUGUUUAACAUGCUGAACUGUCUGAGGAUCUUGUGUCUGCACGGGGAGUGUUUGUACUUCGCCCGUAAGGAUCACCCCCAGUUUCUGGCCUACAUCCAGGAAAAAAUGCUCAUCCCAAGUCUGUGGUCGAUGUUGAAGUCCGAGUUUUGCCAGCUGGCCUCUCUGGCGGUGCCUCAGCUCCUCCACGCCCUCUCUCUCUCCCACGGGGCGGACAUCUUCUGGAACCUCAUCAACACAAACUUCAACAGCAAAGACUGGAAAAUACGAUUUGAAGCAGUGGAGAAGGUUGCGGUGCUGUGCCGCUUCCUCGACAUUGGCGCGGUGACUAAAAACCACCUGCUCAAGUACUCUUUGGCGCACGCCUUUUGUUGCUUCCUGGCUUCGGUGGAGGAUGUCAACCCGGCUGUGGCCACCCGAGCGAGACUGCUGCUGGACACCAUCAAGAGGCCAGCGUUGCAGGGCUUGUGUCUCUGCCUGGAUUUCCAGUUUGACACUGUCGUGAGGGAUCGGCCCGUCAUCCUCAGCAAACUACUUUUGCUUCAUUUCCUGAAGAAAGACGUACCUGCUCUCAGCUGGGAGUUUUUCGUCAACCGCUUUGAAACAUUAUCACUGGAGGCUCAGUUGCACCUGGACUGUAAUAAGGAGUUCCCUUUUCCUACAACCAUCACUGCCGUGCGAACCAAUGUGGCGAACCUCAGCGAUGCAGCAAUGUGGAAAAUACGACGGGCGCGCUUUGCCAGGAACCAGCAGAAGAGCGUACGCUCACUGCGUGACAGCGUGAAGGGCGGCCCGCCAGAGUCCAAGCGGGCAUUCUCACUCCCCGAAUCACUGAGCAACCGACAAUCUCUCAGGCUUACCAGGCAAGAGCACUCUGCCCCAACACUUGGUGAUAUGAUCGAGAAAGUCCUGCCAGGUAAUUUUGUAUUUCACAUUUGUUCCAACACUCCAACUACCUCAGUCUCUCAUGCAGGCCACACGCUGUCUCCUGAAGACGACAGCAUCAUCCGAGACCUGCUCCCAGAGGACGCUGGCAUCGACCACCAGACUGUUCACCAGCUCAUCAUGGUACUCAUGAAAUUCAUGGCCAAAGACAAGAGCAGUGCCGAGGCAGACAUUGGCAGCGCCAAGGCCUUCAACACGGUGAAGCGUCACCUGUAUGUGUUGCUGGGUUACGACCAGCAGGAGGGCUGCUUCAUGAUUGCGCCUCAGAAGAUGCGCACCUCGACAUGCUUCAAUGCUUUCAUUGCCGGUAUUGCACAGGUCAUGGACUAUAACAUCGGUUUAGGGAAGCAGCUGCUCCCCCUGGUGGUCCAGGUCUUAAAGUACUGCACGUGUCCUCAGCUAAGACACUAUUUCCAGCAGCCGCCCCGAUGCUCACUUUGGGCCUUGAGGCCACACAUCAGACAGAUGUGGCUCAAAGCCCUGCUGGUCAUUCUGUAUAAGUAUCCUUACAGAGAAAUGGAUGGCAGCAAAGUUGUCCUCCAUCUGAUCUACAUUACCAUCAACACCCUGAACGCUCAGUAUCACAGCUGCCGUCCCCACGCCACUGCCGGCCCCCUCUACAGUGACAACUCCAACAUGAGCCGCUACAGUGAAAAGGAAAAAGAAGAAGAUAGUGUGUUUGAUGAGUCAGAUGUUCAUGACACACCCACCGGAGCCGCUAACAAGGAGUCACAAACCUUCUUUGCUCGCCUGAAGAGAAUUGGUGGGAGCAAGUCUGUGAAAUACCAACCAGUUGAGCUGAACGCAAAGAAAAGCGAAAUUGAGCUGUCCGAGUAUCGGGAAGCCAGUGCACUUCAGGACAGCAUCCUGCACUGCGUGAGGGAGGAGAGCACCAGGAAGAAGCGUCUGCAGGCCAUGAACAAGCAGAAGUCUCUGGACAUCUCCAAUACUGACUCGAUCCUCUUCAACCUCGAUGAACAUCGACGCAAAUCCUGCAUCGACCGCUGCGAUUUACAGGCACCCCCUGUUGUCCUGCCUCCGUCGACUGCCGCCCACACCAGGCGUCAUGGCAAAGGAUCGUCCGAUGGCUCUUGGGUUCGAGUGGAGGGCAACGACGCAGUGGACAGGCGGGGCUCUCGAGGCGGGCAGUCCGACAUCUCCAAACCCGUCAUCCCCGAGGUGCGCCUCAGCUGCAUGGAGACCUUUGAGGACAAGCGGGAUCACGGCUCUGCUGGGGGGUCAGCUGCAGGAAAGGAGGACCAAGACCUCAUUGACCUCUCCUCCGACUGCACCUCCAUACCGGAGAAACACUCCCUGCUCUCCAUGUCCGACAGCGACUCCUUAGUGUUUGAACCCUUGCCUCCACUCAGGAUUGUUGAGAGUGACGAGGACUUUGACCUCAACACCAUAACAGGAUCAAAGUUCAAUGGAAGUCCAAAAGUUCUGGCUUCUCCCGCGAGUAGUAACACAUUGCGGCUGUCCCCUGUGGUGCAGGUCAGUGUGGAGGACUGCUCCGGUGACAAGAAGAUCACAGAACGUCUGACCGGAGAAGUGCUUUUGGAAAAGAAACUGACUCCUUCAAGUUCUUUGGAACUACCUGAGCGAAUGGGGAACAUCUGCCACGAGAGCCCCAUCAUGACCCUGAAGCAGAAGAGGGACCUGCUGAGGAAGACGCCCCAUGUGCCAGACACCUCGGUGGACGAGGCAUUCGGCGCACUCGAGGAGGCCAAGGGCUCGAGCCCCUCCGGCAGGACCAUCUUCUUGGGCAUCCCGGAAGAUCAAACAGAACCUCUGUCUUCACCGGAGAGAAGCAACGACGAGGAAGAGUACGGCGACGACGAGGACGAUGACGACAUGGGCGAUGAAGCAGACAGCGAACUCAAACCGCACGACGGCGACGACAAUGACGAGGCCGAGUUUAAAAUUCAGAUCGUUCCUCGACAGCGGAAGCAGAGGAAGAUCGCUGUGAGCGCCAUCCAGAGGGAGUACCUGGACAUCUCGUUCAACACGUUUGAUAAGCUUGGCAACGAGCAGGCCACGGACACAGAUAACCAAGCACUGUCUACCUUGGAAAAGCCGCGAGAAUCUUCCUCAGCGCCAACACUUGAAGCCGCAAUGCCCGAAACGAGCCACCGCUCGUCAGUAUCGGCUCAGUACCGUCAGGUGAAGCGAGGUUCUCUGGGCGCACUGACCAUGAGCCAACUGAUGAAGAGGCAGCUGGAGCAUCAGUCCAGUGCGCCGCACAACAUCAGCACCUGGGACACAGGUCCAACAAAGACCAGUUUGCUCUCUGCACCGAGCACAGUGAGCAUGUUUGUCCCCGCACCUGAAGAAUUCAUUGAUGAGCAGCCGACCUUAAUGUCUGACAGGUGUCGGGACUGUGCGGCUGUGUUGGAAGAAUACGACGAAGAGACUCUGGGACUAGCGGUGGUGGUGCUUUCCAUGUUCAUCCACCUUAGCCCUGAUCUGGCUGCUCCUAUGCUCUUGGACAUCAUGCAGUCUGUGGGCAGGCUGGCUUCCAGUGCUAAUUUUUCUGGACAAGCUGAGAGCAUGUUGAUCCCAGGGAAUGUCGCAGGUGUCGCUAAGCAGUUCCUCCGGUGCAUGUUCCACCAGCUGGCCCCAAAUGGCAUCUUCCCACAACUCUUCCAAAGCAACAUUAAGGACGGAAGUUUUCUUCGAACGCUCGCCUCAUCGCUGAUAGAUUUUAAUGAGCUGAGUUCUGUUGCUGCGCUCAAUAUGCUACUGGAGGGGUUGAACAACAAAAAGAGUCUGCCAGCAGGAGGCACUAUGCUGCACUGCCUGGACAACAUUGCUACCUUCAUGGAGGCCCUCCCCAUGGACUCCCCGAGCAACCUGUGGACCACCAUCUGCAACCAAUUCCAGACCUUCCUCACUAAACUGCCCUCUGUGCUUCCUCUGAAGUGCCCCAUGGAUUCCAGUUUGAGGAUUAUAAUUUGCCUUCUGAAAAUUCCAGCGACAAAUGCAACUCGGAGCCUUCUGGAGCCUUUCUCCAAGCUGCUGAGCUUUGUCAUCCAGUACGGCAUCUUCAGCCUUUCCUACUUAGUGGAGCUUUGUGGACUCUGCUACAAAGCAUUCAACAAGGAGCGAGAUAAGUUCUACAUGUCGCGCAUUGUGGUGCUGGAGCUGCUUCAAGCUCUCAAGUUCAAAUCCCCGCUGCCUGACACAAACUUGUUACUGCUGGUCCAGUUUAUUUGUGCGGAUAUCGGCACACGACUGGCGGAAUCCACCAUCAUCCAAAAGCACAUGAUCGCUACAUUGCCCGGGUGCACUACAGCCGCAAUGGAAUGCAUGAGACAAUACAUAAGUGAGCUCCUGGAUUUCAUUGCCGACAUGCACACGCUAACCAAACUCAAGAGUCACAUGAAGGCUUGCUGCCAGCCGCUGCACGAGGACACUUUUGGAGGAAACCUUAAAGUGGGCUUGGCUCAAGUGGCCGCCAUGGAGAUCAGCAAAGGCAAUCACCGUGACAACAAAGCCGUGGUCCGUUAUCUUCCCUGGCUUUACCAUCCUCCCUCCACCAUGCAGCAAGGUCCAAAGGAAUUCAUCGAAUGCGUCUCCCACGUGCGUCAGCUGUCUUGGCUCCUCCUUGGCUCGCUCACACAUUGCACCCUGCAUCAGGGCUCCACUUCCUGUAUGCCCAUCCCUUUGGAUGCCGGCUCCCACAUCGCGGACCAUCUUAUUGUCAUCCUGAUCGGCUUUCCCGAGCAGUCGAAGACGUCCGUGCUGCACAUGUGCUCUUUGUUCCACGCCUUCAUGUUUGCCCAGCUGUGGACCAUCUACUGCGAGCAGGCCGCCGCCGCUCCCACUUUGCAGAACCAGAACCAGACAGAGUUCUCUUCCGGCGCCAUUCUCACAGGCCUGGAGUUCUGGAGUCGUGUGACACCCAGCAUUCUGCAGCUCAUGGCGCACAAUAAGGUGAUGGUCGAGAUGGUGUGCCUUCAUGUUAUUAGCCUGAUGGAAGCGCUGCAGGAGUGCAACUCAACCAUCUUUGUCAAGCUUAUUCCAAUGUGGCUACCCAUGAUACAGUCCAACCUCAAGCACCUGUCGGCAGGUCUGCAGCUGCGUCUCCAGGCCAUCCAGAACCGCGUGAACCACCAGUGUCUGCAAGGUCAGACGCCGGGAGCGCCGCCCUUUGCGCUGCGCAAGUGGCUGCAGUGCACUCAGUUCAAGAUGGCUCAGGUGGAGAUCCAAUCAUCUGAGGCCGCCUCGCAGUUCUAUCCCAUGUAACCGACUUUCUGCAACC